AUGGAGGCCGAUUGGGAUGAGCUGUCGCGUAUCCCAAUGCCGCCGCCCAGUGCGCAUGGGAUGCCUACUGUAGCAACAGCAACGGCAUUUGACGAUAUGAUGGAACUUUUAUGGAUAGGCAAUGAAUAUGGCAGGAUAUCUUCAUUUUACGGGCCGGAGUUACAACGAUACACCUCAGUCCGAGCGCAUCCAGUAUCUGAGGGUGCAGUUCAGCAAAUCAUUUUUCAUGAACGAGGUGUGAUCUCGUUAUCUGGAAAAAGUGUGCACAUGAUCACACGGCGGGGCUUAACACAGUGGCAUCUUGCCCACGAUGAAAUGGUUGACCUUCGUUGCAUGAGCUUUACAGCCCAGACCAAUCGUAUCCUCGUCGCGGGCUGUCAACGAGUUAUGUUCACUGUGGACAUUGACAAGGGCAUAAUUGUCGAUAAGUUGCCUACUGAGCAUGGCUACACGAUGAUGAAGAAGAGUCGAUAUCUCUGCGCUGCGACAGACACGGGAUCAAUAAAUGCCCUGAGCCUGGCAGAUUUCAGUGUCGUCAAAUCAUGGAAGGCUCAUGGAACGGCCGUCAAUGAUAUGGAUGCGCGGAAUGACCUACUAGUCACAUGUGGCUUCUCCGUCCGCCAGAUGGGAUCCCCAAUCGUGGAUCCAUUAGCCAAUGUCUAUGAUCUCAAAACUCUGGCUCCGUUGCCUCCGAUUCCGUUCCAUGCUGGAGCGGCAUACGUACGCAUGCAUCCCAAACUUCACACCACUUGCUUCGUGGCUUCACAAACAGGUCAACUCCAAGUGAUAGAUGUUAUGAACCCAAACUCAGUCAAUUUGAGACAGGCAAAUGUCUCGAUCAUGCUUGGCAUUGACCUAUCACCAUCAGGUGAAGCAUUGGCUGUAAAUGAUGCCGAAUGCUCUAUCCAUCUAUGGGGCUCUCCGACCAAGAUUCAUUUCAAUGAGAUGAGCAAGGAGACAGAGUUUGCCGAUGUCCUCACACGGCCUACUCCGGUAGACUGGUCUGCUGACUCUCCACUGAAUAUGGUAGGGAUGCCUUACUAUCAUGAACGUCUGCAUUCCGCGUGGCCAAGUCAACUACUUUUUGAGAUCGGCAGUCCCCCUGCUCCGUUCGAUCAGUCACUGUUGCCAUAUCUACGCCCGGCAGAGAUGGGUCACCAUGCUCCAAACCCGAAAAAGAAUCGACGCUACCAAAUGGAAAACACUCGCGCACUCACUACAGCAGAGCCCGCUCUGAUUGCACCAAAGUUUUUGAGUGAAAAGGCUCGAGAGUCUAGCAAGUCAGAUGGCUUAAUUGGUGCUGCAGAAGCUUUGGCAGGGGCGAAGAUCAACGGAGAGAGUGACGACGAUCCACUGCUCAAAUAUAGCAACGUUGAGAUCAAGUACAGCCGAUUCGGUGUAGAUGACUUCGAUUUCCGAUUCUACAAUAAGACUUCAUUCUCGGGGUUGGAAACUCACAUCGCCAACUCCUUUACCAAUUCCCUCCUUCAACUUUUCAAGUUCAUCCCGCUUUUCCGAAAUCUAGCCCUUAACCACGCUGCCGGGUCAUGCAUAUUCGAGCAUUGUCUUCUCUGUGAAUUAGGAUAUCUAUUUGACAUGCUUGAGAAAGCAAACGGACAAAAUUGUCAGGCCACAAACCUCCUCAAGACAUUCAGCAGCUUCCGAGAAGCCUCAAACCUAGGUCUCUUGGAAGAGAAUCUCACCAACAAAUCUCUUUCAACUGCAAUCCAAGCAGUCAAUCGCUUCUUCCUCACUCAGGUAGCGCAAGACUUCCGGAUGAUUCAGCCUAGUUCUGAAGACCUCGAUCAACGCCUAGCCACGAUCGCGUCAGAGUCUAUUAGGUGCAUGUUCUGUCAGAACGAAAUUGUGCGUCCUGGUAACUCACUGGCCAAUGAACUCAUUUACCCUAAUAUCGAUAUCAAACAUGCACGACGCAACCCACUGUUCCGCUUCUCCAGUAUCCUCCGUGCAAGUAUCGAGCGAGAAACACAAAACCGUGGAUGGUGCAACCAUUGUCGUCGCUAUCAGCAAGUGACGAUACGCAAGACCAUUCAUCGGAUGCCAUUGAUCCUUGUGCUCAAUGCCGCUCUUACCAAUCCUCUCUGCCGUCGUCUUUGGGCAGUCCCUGGGUGGCUUCCUGAUGCCGUCGGUAUUGUGGUUGAUAGGAACGGACAGGUGAUGUGCUUCGAGGGUGAUGAUCUUCAGAUCCGCAUUCAGAACCAAUUACCUGGUCUCAUGGUGUAUGAUCUGGUUGGCUUGGUCGCGGAGAUUGAUAUUCCGGAACACCAAAAGCCACAUUUGGUCUCUUUUGUCAAUGUCUCUAUCUCAAAAGCUGAGUUCGAAGGGCCAGGCAAAUGGCAUCUGUUUAAUGACUUUUUGGUCACCGAAGUCGAGAGAGAUGAAGCACUUCGAUUCACACAGCCUUGGAAGCAACCUUGUGUUCUCUCUUACCAACUGAGAGAUCCACGCCAUGUCAUAGAUGACUCUUGGAAGAACCUUCUGGACAAGACGCUGUUAUUCCGAGAGUGGUCUUUGAAUGGCGGUCGUCAGGUUGAAUCUUGUCAAACUCUCACCGAGGAAGAAAACCCACAGCCUGGGACACCCGUUGCAUUGGAUACUGAGUUUGUUGAUCUUGAAAAGGCUGAGAUUGACGUCAAGGCAGACGGAUCACAAGAAAUGGUUCGCCCCAAUAAGAGUGGGUUGGCUCGUGUCUCCGUCUUACGGGGCUUCGGUGUUCACGAAGGAGUCCCCUUCAUCGAUGACUAUAUCACCAUCCGUGAGCCAAUUGUGGACUAUGUCACCCAGUAUUCUGGCAUCAAGCCUGGCGAUCUAGAUCCCCGAACCAGUGAGCACAACCUUGUUCCGCUCAAGGCGGCCUACAAGAAGCUCUGGCUGCUUCUCAACCUCGGCUGUGUAUUUGUUGGUCACGGUCUUGCCUCCGAUUUCCGCAAGAUCAAUAUCCAAGUACCCAAGGCACAGACUGUAGACACACAAUAUCUCUUCUUCCACCCUGGGAAGAACCGCCGGCUGAGUCUCCGAUACCUGGCCUGGGCCGUCUUCAAGGAAUACAUCCAAGAGGAGCCCAUGCCUGAGACCCUGCAAGGCCAUGAUUCUAUUGAGGAUGCUCGUAUGGCUUUGCGUCUCUGGAAAAAAUUCCAGGAAUACGAGGAUGCGGGCAUUGUCGCGCAAAUGCUCGAAGAGAUCUUCCGCGAAGGAUCAAAACUUGGAUUCCGCCCGCCUCCCAAGAAUGGAGGCACCGCCACCGUCCUCUCCCGCCCUGGCACCGCUAUCACCAUGCACAAUGAUAGCGGUCGCAAUACCCCUAGCACCCCUGAUGUUCGCUCCGUGUUGCCAAUUGCAACCACUUCGGCCCCCAUGUCUGGGCCUCCCAGCGCCCCUGCCACCCCUCGACAGGCUUUCCGGCGAUCAAUUGCAUUGACCCCGAGCAAUGGAAGCUUCUCUGGGCCUGGUGCGGGGGAUUUCUUUGGUGGUAGUCCACUAAGAUAG